AGCGCGGCGGCCGGACCGGGGCCAUGGCGCCCGCGCAGCGCCCGCUGCUGCCGCUGCUGCUACUGCUGCUGCCGCUGCCGCCGCCGCCCUUCGCGCACGGCGAGGACGCCGCCCGCGCCAACUCGGACCGCUACGCCGUCUACUGGAACCGCAGCAACCCCAGGUUCCAUGCGGGUGCGGCGGACGACGGCGGCGGCUACACCGUAGAGGUGAGCAUCAACGACUACCUGGACAUUUACUGCCCGCACUACGGGGCGCCGCUGCCGCCGGCCGAGCGCAUGGAGCACUAUGUGCUGUACAUGGUCAACGGCGAAGGCCACGCCUCCUGCGACCACAGGCAGCGCGGCUUCAAGCGCUGGGAGUGCAACCGGCCCGCGGCGCCCGGGGGCCCGCUCAAGUUCUCCGAGAAGUUCCAGCUCUUCACGCCCUUCUCUCUGGGCUUCGAGUUCCGCCCGGGCCACGAGUACUACUACAUCUCUGCCACACCGCCCAAUGCUGUGGACCGACCCUGCCUGCGACUGAAGGUUUAUGUGAGGCCAACCAACGAGACUCUGUAUGAGGCCCCGGAGCCCAUCUUCACCAGCAAUAACUCCUGCAGUGGCUUGGGCAGCUGCCAGCUCUUCCUCAGCACUGUCCCUGUGCUGUGGACCCUCCUGGGCUCCUAGCCCGCCACAGGACCCUGGCUCCACCUCAAUGGCCCGCCUCUGAGACCAAAUAGAGACGCCGCUCCUCCCGCCACUGGUGCUGCUCUGUGAGGUGGGGCUGUCCACAUGUCCCAGGCUGGCCGGGGCAGGGGCAGCCAAGGUGCCCCCAAUCCGUGCCCAAGAGGCUGGUUGUCCGCCCAGCUCGUGGCCACGCUGUCUUGUCUGGAGGCCCUGGUGAACCAGGGGACCUCUUGGCAAUGUUGGAUUUUUGUUUUGUUUUGUUUUUAGUGUAUUUUUCAUGGUUGGAUCGGAAAGACUUGAGUUCCUAAUUUAAUUUAUUCCUUGCUGUCGCCUGUGACUUUGGGAAGGAAACAGAAUGGAUGGAUGGGCCAGGGGUUCCCAGCCCACUGGGAGAAGGGGAACCAGGGACCCCUGGCCUGGUCAUUCCAUUUGUUGGUCCUGGCUGGAGGUGACCGUGGAGUGGACCCCCAGGUGCCCUGGGACAGGCUGGCCUGAGGCAGAAAGGGCAGGCAGGUAGUGAGUUCCCCUGAUUCUGGUCCAUGGGCCCUCAGACCCCCAUCAACCCAGUUCUUCCCUCCUCCCUCCCGGUCAUUGUCUCCCAGAGCAGAAACCACAGGGUUUCACUGGAGGUCACCAUGGAGUCCUGGUCCUGGGAAUCAUAGCAUCGUAGUAUCUUAGCGAUGUCUUAGACCCCCUCGUCCGCUCAGCCUCACACAAUCACCCCGGAGGCAGAGAAGACGUUACAUUUCUGUAAAUAGAGCCAGCAAGUAUAUACUGUGAUUUAUUUUUACUGUAUUCCUGAGGAUGGACUGGAAUGUUUCUUUUUUUUUCUCACCCCUUCAUGUGGGGGGAAGGGUCUUUUAUUUUGGUGGGGGAUGGGGUAGACUUUUUAGCAUAGAAGCUGCACUUCGCAAUAAGCUCCUUUGUCUGUCAGACCCCCUUCCCUCUCCUCUAUGACUAAUGUUUGUAAGAAAAAAGGAAAACAGGACAAAACAAAACUGGGGGGAGGGGGGUGUUGAACAUCACCACCGAAACGAGAAACCCCUUCUGGAAGACACUUUAAUGAAGUAAACAGCUCAUUUAUACAGAUUUCAUAUUUCUACCCGCCUUUCCUGAUCUGUGUUUUAUAUAUAUUAUAUAUAAAUAUAUAUGGUGCGUGGCCGCUGGGAGCCGGCUCAGGCACGCCGGCGGUGGGGGGGCUUUUGUAGGGGUCGUGGCCGGGCGGCCUUGCCACGCCUGGAGCUGGCGACAGGGCCUCCCCCAGUCCGUCACAAUCAACUUUGGAUUCUGUAUUUUUUUAUAAUAAAAUGAGCGUAAGCAUC